AUCUUUCGACCUCCCGUUCCUACCGAUCCGUGGUUCGCACCCUUCUUAUAGGAGGACCUUGUGCAACACUGCAACGAACUAAAGAAGAUCCCCGAUACUAUUUAACCCCCCUUCCCUCAAUCCCAAACAUCAAAUUAAUCCACAAUAUUCCCAAGGAUUCAACAAAAAUCAUCGUAGAAAAUGGCUGCAAAGUUGUGCAUCCUCCUCCUCUCCUUUGUAUUUGCGACCACCAACUCAUUAGCGUCAUCUCCAACGGCAUCGACCUCCACGAAGACAUCGAGCUCCAAAGACUUAAUCCGUUCAUAUUGUGAGGAUGCCGUAUUUCCAAGGUUAUGCAACAAGGUCUUCAGGAAGCAUGCCGAGAUCAUCCACCCAAAUGGGACAAACGAGCUGACCCAGCUCGCCACCGUCGUCACCGUCAACCGCCUCCGUGGCCUCUCCAAACGUGUCGCCGUCCUCGCUCGCGAUGCCACCGAGCCGAAGGAUGCCAAAGCCUUGAAGGCUUGCAAGGCGGCACUAAGCGACGCGGCCAAGGAGGCACGGCGAUCGGCGUCCGAGUUGUCCGAGGUGAAUGCUACGACGGAGAAGGCGCAGGCGGAGAAACGGGCGGCGAAGGCGCAGGCGUACAUGAGCGAUGCAAUGAUGAACGAGGACUUGUGCGCCGACCAGUUGGAUGGGAUGGCGGAUGGACCGGUGAAGACCGACGUGAGCCGUCGGGUGCGCCAGGUCAAGCAACUCACCGCCAAUUCUCUCUCCCUUAUUCACGGCGUCGCCACGGCCAACUGAUCUCCAUCCUUGCAUGCUGUUGGAUUAUUUAUGAAGGGUUGCUUCUUGGUUCUAUCAUUGGCUAAUCAUGUGAAGUUUGAUACCCAAAAAAAUACAUAAAUUUAUAAUGUAUUAUGCAUUUGUUAACUGUAUAUGAUAUUAUUUCAUCACAAUGAUACUACUUUAGUCUUGCAAUG